UCAGUUUUUAGUGAAUAGUUGAAAAUUUUAGCUGACGAAAUUUUGUGUGCUCGUGAAAAUUAGUGCAAAAAAUUAAAAAUUUAUUAAUUUAAUCCCAAAAAAACAAAUAUAAGUGUUAAAAAAUGUAUGAAUUAAAAACCCUGCUACCACAAUUUGAUAUUAAUGUGCCCAAGUGCAUGUAUGAAAUGAAAAAUAUCAGUUUGUCUGCAAAUGCUGUAGAAAGCGUCAGUGGGGCUGCUGCCGCCAGAAAUAAUUUCAAUGGCUUUUUUAAUAUAAAAAAUGGUAAGACCACGUCUGCAACCACUGCCUCUGCUGUUAGCACGUGUUGUCCCCUAGAUUUGGAUAAACUGGGUUUGCAAAUACAACAACUACUUAAGGUCUCUGGUGAUGAUGCCCAAAAUGUGGCUUUAAGACAAGAAAAGGUAAUGCAACAGUUGAAUGAUUUAAAACAACAAUUGGCUGGCAUACGUUCCACUUUGGGUUUGUGCUCAAAAGGUCCACAACAUACUACAACCUCAUUCACAACAAAAAAUAAUGGUGGUCUCAAAGAGGAACCUUUACAUGAUGUGGUCAUUAAUGGUCAUCCCAAUUUUAUACCUUAUGCCUUGUUGGCUAUAAAAAAUGCCUGGAAAGACUUAUUUACUUUGGAUGUAAAAACCUUUACACACUCCACCAUGAACGAUAUUGGCAAAGAGGCUAAAGCUUUUGAAGCAGAAUUAAAAGCUGUUUCAGUUAAUCCCAAAUUACCCAAAAUCAAUAUUACUUUGAUCUGGAAAAACUGUGAACAUACCGAAAUGAUUAGUUCACCCACUAUAUAUGUACCCAUCUAUGGUGAGGUUAAUAUCAUUCGUUAUUUGGGUCGUGUUGGUCCCGAAGAAUAUCGUUACGAAAAUUCUCCUCUCUGCAAUGAAAUUGAUGCUGUGCUGGACAUUUGCUAUCAAUUAUUACGUUGCACUACACCCAAAAGUAAGGCUAAUAUGUUAAGAAUCCUCAAUAAUCGCCUGCAAAAACGUCAAUACUUUGGUGGUGAUCAAAUGUCUAUUGCCGAUAUUGGUGUACACAGUUCUUUAAGACGUAUGCCCUCCAUUAACGACAAAGAUCUUACACCUGCGCUGCUUGAAUGGCGUAAGAGAGCGGAAAAGUAUACUUUGAUUUAAAUACUUAACAAAAAAUACAAUAAAUAACAAAUCCAAAAUA